ACAAAUAUGAUGCUUGUUUUGGAAGAUAUAUUUUGUCAGGGUCAUACAACAAAAUAUAGGUAUUUUGAAUGCAUAAUAUUGUAGAUGGAGAUUAUAUUCUCUAAGCCUAGAUUCUUGGGUCCUGGUUCGGUAUUUUGAAACUACCUUAAACUACAUAUUAUAGUCAAUGCAUAAGAUUUUUUCUGGUACCAGAGAACCUCUUUCUUACUGGUUUAAUGUGCAUAGAAAGUAUAAUUCCAUGUCUAGAUGGUGUGGGAUGUUUUGAUGGUAAUCCCUUGUGUAUUUGUGAAGAAGUUGGACAGCUAAGAUCAUCUCUUAGUACUAGAAAGAUGACUGUGGGUGUGGUUCGAGCAGAUGAUGGUUUAGACUGAAAGAGCUUUUCAUGUGUUUGUGGAGGUGGGGUAUGAGCAAUAGGGAAUCCCUGGUAACUGACUUUGAAGUAGGUGAGAACGGUUUACUUCCUCAGCUUAAACCUGUGUGCUGAACCUUGAUGCAAGAGUCUCCCUCCCCCAUUGUUGCAGGAAGUGGCCAGGAAAUGAUAAAAUGUUUGCUGCCUUUUGAUAUGUCCCCUUUUAAUCAUAUAUGGAUUCAGUUACUAGAUCUCCCCAAGCUCUUGCCUAAAUUUGCCCUGCCUUCUCCCCAGGAGCCAACUGACACAAAAUGCUAUAGUUUAAGGUUAUCAUUUUCUUAAUAACUGCAGAGAAUUUGAAGAGGCAAUUUGUAGUGUGUUUUAUGUCUUUCUAGUUGGUCAAAGACAAUUGCCCCUGGAAAUAUUCACAUAGAACCCCAAUUGAAACUUGCAUGCCUACCUCAAACUUUUGCAUGAACAGGUAGUUUCUGAGAACUUCUUAUUCUGGGCCCUUAUUUCACAAAUGAGGAAAGAGGUUUGCAUUAAUAUAGUUCUAUGGUUGCUCAUGCACAGAUGAAUUGGUAAUAUAUAAUUAAACCUUCCAAUUGAAAUACUGAGGUUUGGCUCCUGGACCACUCAGGCACACUAAAAUCCAUGGAUGCUUGGGUCCCAUGAUAUGUAUGGUAUAAUAAAAUGGUGUCCCUUCUAUGAAAUAUCAAAAUUAAAGUUUGCUUUUUGGAUUAAAAAUAUAUUUUCAAGAUAUAGAUGGUCAACUCUAUAGAUACAGAGGCCAGAGUGAAUAAUGAACUCUUUUUAUAGAUGUGCACUAAUAGUUUCCAAUCUAUAUUUCUUGCUAUAUUUGUAAUACAGACUCCAGCAAUACAUGGAGCAAGAAUUGCCAGACAUACAAGCUGGGUUUAGAAAAGGCAGAGGAACAAGAGACCAAAUUGCCAAUAUCCGCUAGAUAAUGGAGGAAGCCAGGGAGUUUCAGAAAAACAUCUAUUUCUGCUUUAUUGACUAUUCCAAAGCCUUCGACUGCGUGGAUCAUAAUAAACUGUGGCAUGUUCUUGGUGGUAUGGGGAUACCAAGUCACCAUGUCUGUCUCCUGAGAAAUCUGUAUAAAGACCAAGUAGCCACUGUACGAACAGACCACGGAACAACAGACUGGUUCAAGAUUGGGAAAGGAGUAUGGCAGGGCUGUAUACUUUCACCUUACCUAUUCAACUUGUACGCAGAACACAUCAUGCGAUGUGCAGGGCUUGACGAAUCUAAGGCUGGAGUUAAAAUUGCUGGAAGAAACAUUAACAACCUUAGGUAUGCAGAUGAUACCACUCUGAUGGCUGAAAGUGAGGAGCAGCUGAGGAGCCUUAUCACCAAGGUGAAAGAAGAAAGUGCAAAAGCCGGGCUACAGUUAAACAUCAAGAAAUCCAAGAUCAUGGCAACCAGACUGAUUGAUGACUGGUAAAUAGAGGGAGCAAACGUGGAGGCAGUGACAGACUUUAUAUUUCUAGGCACGAACAUCACUGCAGAUGCAGACUGCAGCCGGGAAAUCAGAAGACGUUUACUUCUUGAGAGAAGAGCAAUGGUCAACUUCGACAAGAUACAGUAGAGUCUCACUUAUCCAACAUAAACAGGCCAGAAGAACGUUGGAUAAGCGAAUAUGUUGGAUAAUAAGGAGAGAUUAAGAAAAAGCCUAUUAAACAUCAAAAUAGGUUAUGAUUUUACAAAUUAAGCACCAAAACAUCAUGUUAUACAACAAAUUUGACAGAAAAAGUAGUUCAUUACACAUUAAUACUAUGUAGUAAUUACUGCAUUUACAAAUUUAGCGCCAGAAUAUCACAAUGCAUUGAAAACAUUGACUACAAAAAUGCGUUGGAUAAUCCAGAAUGUUGGAUAAGUGAGACUCUAUUGUAGUGAAAAGCAGAGACAUCACACUGGCAACGAAGGCUGCAUAGUCAAAGCAACGGUAUACCCCAUAGUAACCUAUGGAUGUGAGAGCUUGACCAUAAGGAAGGCUGAGCGAAGGAAGAUAGACGCUUUUGAACUUUGGUGGUGGAGGAAAAUCCUGAGAGUGCCUUGGACCGCAAGAAGAUCCAACCAGUCUAUCCUCCAGGAAAUAAUGCCCAGCUGCUCACUGGAGGCAAAGAUAUUCGAGGCAAAGUUGAAGUAUUUUGGCCAGAUCAUGAGAAAACAGGAAAGCUUGGAAAAGAUCAUGAUGCUGGGGAAAAAGGAAGAGAGGCCGACCAAGGGCAAGAUGGAUGGAUGGUAUCCUUGAAGUGACUGGCUUGAACUUGAAGGAACUGGGGGAGCUCUGACAGGGAGCUCUGGCAUAGACUGGUCCAUGAGGUCAUGAAGAGUCGAAAAUGACUAAACGAAUUAAGAAGACAAGUGUCAAAAAUCACCUCUGAGUAUUCCUCAUUGAAGAAAACCUAAUGACAUUAAUGGGAAAUGGAGGCAAACAACCAUUUUAACUUCACUGGCCUUCCCUCUUCACCUGUUGCCUCAGGAUUGAAACCUCCGCCUUCCUCAGGGGAUGUCUACACAAACGGAUCUUCUGUGAACUUCCCCCAGCAAGGGAAGAGUCUGAACGGAGAUGUGAAUGUUAAUGGUUUGACUACUGUAUCUCAUGCUAGUACUUCAGGGACCCGCUCCUCAACCAACACCCACCUACACCAUUCCUAUGACUAUCUCUGGAACUAUUCUCAAUAUCCAUCUGGCAAUGGCAACAACCUCAAAGACACUCCAUUGUUUUCUCAGUAUCCACUGAAUGGUAGUAUUGGGAGCAACAGACAAAGCUCAUCAGGGCAUAGCACCAAUCUUAGAGGAAGCACUGGACCAGAGUUCUGGGCUAAUGGAACCUCUGGGGCCAUGGGACUGAACUUUGACUCAACAGAGCUCUACGACUCAUUCCCUGAUGAUCAGAACUUUGAACUCUUGCAGAAUGGCCCAUCCAGCUUCUACACAUCAUCUCAGCCUUCCCCCAUGCUUGGCUCUGGCAGCCAAGAUUUCUCUGCGCAGCAGAAUGAGGCAGGCAAUGAAGAGACUGUAAAGGAAACCUCAUCUGCAGUCCCAGAAAAUGGUACCAGACUGUUGGGGAGCAUGGAGUUGGAAAACACGGAGCCAGUUGGUGAGCCACUCAACCAGGAAGCCUCUGUCUUAGAAUCCGAUGCUUGUCAUCUGGAAGAUGGCUCUCGAAUCCCUCCUCCUCUAGAAGAUUCCUUGGAGCCUUUUGAAUCGCUAGACAGAGACCCAGGAACAGGGGAUCUCUAUGAGAUGGAUACUUCUGAGCUGGUGAGCGACAAAUCCCCCCUGGAGGAUGCUCCUGAUAUUUCUGCCCUAGAUUGUCCUGGCAGUCCUUCUCUCAACCACUCUGGCUCCUUCAACCUUCUAACAGAUGACACUCAGCCUGACACCUCACUUUUUGGAAGUGCCAAUUUGCCACCUGUUCUUGGAGAAUCUGUUCUGCAAGAUAGCAGCCUGGAGCUGGCAAGUGUGAGUGAAGUGGGGCGAGAGAGUGCAGAGUUUCUAGAUUCACAAGCAUCACUUGAACCUGAAGCAGUAGAUGCUCCUGUGGGAAAAAAAUCCAAGAAGAGCUGCCCAAAAGAUCCUACAACGAAGACAGGCAAGAACAAGAAAGAUGCAUCAACUAAGAAUGAUGUUGCAAGAAGGCGGAUAGCCACAGUGGACGAGGUGUUCUAUCCUUUAAAGCAUGGGUGGCGAAGGGAGGUACGUAUCAAAAAGGGAAACAACCGCUGGCAGGGAGAGACCUGGUACUAUUCUCCAUGUGGGAAAAGGAUGAAGCAGUUUCCGGAGGUUAUAAAGUUCCUGAGUAGAAAUGCUGUGCAGAAUGUCUGCCGUGAACACUUCAGCUUCAGUCCCCGAAUGCCAGUGGGAGAUUUCUUUGAAGAACAGGAUACACCUGAGGGUCUUCAGUGGGUCCAGCUUGCAUCUGAAGAAAUUCCCUCGCGUAUCCAGGCCAUCACCGGCAAGCGUGGUCGACCCCCAAAUACUGAGAAAGCGAAGGCUAAAGAAAUGCCCAAGGUGAAACGUGGCCGGGGUCGACCUCCAAAAGUGAAAGUGUCCAGCCUUUUGAGCAAGAUAGAUGCCCGGGUUCUAAAGAAAUUGGAAGCACAAGAGGUGCUCAGUGAUGAAGACAAGCUGAAGAUGAACAAGAUCAAGAAGAAAAUGAGGCAAAAGGCUCAAAAUAAGCAAAAGCAGGAGGCUAAGGCACCAAAGCCCAAGGAGAUAAAGCCUAAAGAAGUAAAAAAGAAGCCUAAGCCCCAGGUAAAGAAAGAGAAAGAGAAGAGCAAGCCAGAAAAGAAUAAGCCAGAGAAGAUGAAAGAGAAGGUAAAGCCAAAAGAAAAAAUGAAGCCCAGGGAAAAAACGGCGGUUACUUCUGCAAAAAUUCCCCGGAAAGCAGAUAAGAAUCUCAUUGCCCAGCGGCGGCAGGAGGAACGGCAGAGACAACAAAUGAUCCUGGAAGAGAUGAAAAAGCCCAUUGAGGACAUGUGUCUGGGAGACCAGCAGCUUCUGCCAGAGUUUUCUCGCAUUCCUGGAUUGGUUUUGCCCAGCCAUGCCUUCUCAGACUGCUUAGCUAUUGUGGAAUUUCUACACAGUUAUGGCAAAGUGCUGGGUUUUGAUGUAGACAAAGAAAUUCCCAGCCUGAGUACUCUGCAAGAGGGUUUCUUCAAUGUAGGCAACAGUUUGGGUGAAGUGUUGGACCUCCUGAUAAAGCUAGUGAAGGCUGCCCUGCAUGAUCCUGGCCUCCCUCCCUAUUGCCAGUCACUGAAGAUUCUUGGGGAGAAACUCUCUGAGAUAAGUCUGAACCGUGACACUGUGUCUGAGAUCCUUCGCUGCUUCCUCAUAGCCUAUGGGGCAGAUGAUAACCUGUGUGAGAGCUUGCGUACUAAACCCUUCCAGUCACUGCCUCCAGAUCGCAAGGCUGCUGUCCUGGCCUUCUUAGUCAAUGAACUCAACAGCAGUGCUCUUAUCAUCAAUGAAAUUGACAAGACUCUAGAGAACAUGUCCAACCACAGGAGAAACAAAUGGAUCAUUGAGGGAAAACUGCGCAGAUUGAAGAUUGCCGUAGCCAAAAAGACUGGUCGUCCUGAAUCUGAAAUCAGUGGUUUGGAAGAAGGGCAGUGGCGAAGGAGCCCACGCAUCACUGAGGAACACGAGGAUAUGGACUUGGAUCAGGAAGGAAGAAAAAGAGCAUAUAAGACCCGGAAAGACUAUGAGAAUGAAAUUCCAGUUUCCAGUGUACCUGAGCUGGAGAGACAAAUUGACAAGCUGUCCAAGCGCCAGAUGUUCUUUCGCAAGAAGUUGCUCAGUGCUGCUCAGUUGCUACGAGCUUCACAGCUGGGGCAGGAUCGAUACCGGCGCCGUUAUUGGGUCCUGCCCCAUCUCGGUGGGAUUUUUAUAGAAGGUUGUGAGGCCUCUACAGCAGAUGUCCCCGAGCCACCUAAGAACACACUGGAAAAAGAAAUGGUUCUGAAGGAUGAAGAACAUGAAACACCCUCAAUCAAAAAGGAGACCACUGAUGCACCCCCAGAGACUGAGAAUAUGAACUGCACAGGCUCUCGUUCGUGGGGCCAGCCGUGGCAAGACGACGAGGGGCUUCUGCCAUCAGAGCCACUAGAGCCCAAAUCGCCAGAGCCCACAUCCAUGUCUCUCAAUGGGUUUUUGGAGGAGUCUAUGUCCCUGGGCCAGUCUCAGCAUGACCUCACCCAGUCGGCUUUCCUAUCCUGGCUCAGCCAGACACAGCAGGCUUCCUCGUUACUUGACAGCUCUGUCCUCACCCCAGAUAGUAGCCCUGGCAAAGUGGACUCUGUGCCUCCAGAUGAACCAGACUCUGCUGCAGAGGGUGAAAGCGUCACACAAACGACGCAGGUGGCCUGGUUCAAUCUGCCACCCAAGGCACCUUGUAGUGACUCCCCGUAUGCUACCUCCAUUGAACUUCCCUCUUUCAAAGCUUCCCCCCAAGUCUGUAAACCAUCGACCAGGGACCAGUCAAAGGCCUCAGUCCGGCAGCUGAAUGGCCUCUCCACCACCAGUCCAGCAUUGCCAUCACUGGCCUCCACUCCUCUCCAUUUCAGCUCCAGGAUCCCCAAUACUUGCUCCAGAGUCAAGGAAAUUCCCAGUAAAGCCCAGGGGACCCCAGGGCAGCCAAAGCGACGAGGGCGGCCCCCUACUAAACUCUUCAAGCAAAUGGAGCAGAAAUACUUGACACAACUGACAGCUCAGCCCAUACCUCCAGAGAUGCAAAGUGGCUGGUGGUGGUUACGGGACCCAGAAGAACUGGAAGCUGUGCUGCAAGUACUUCACCCACGAGGGAUCCGUGAGAAAGCCUUGUAUAAGCACCUUAUUAAGCACAAGGAUAACCUGCGGGAGGUGUAUGCCCGUGCUGCCAAUGACCCCAUUUUCCAGACUCAACCCAAGGACACCAACCAUCUAGUCUCUCUGGAAGCCCUUGCCCAGUGGUCAGUGGCUGACCGGGCCUUUGAGAUAGACCUGUCUAUUCUUCAGUGGGUGGAGGAGCUGGAGCAGCGGGUGCUCAUGGCAGAUCUGCAGAUCCGCGGUUGGACAAGUCCGAAUCCUGAUUCAGCCCGCAGUGACUUGGAGUAUUGUGAGCAUGAACUGAAACAUCUAGAGCACAUAACCAUAAAAAAUCGACGUGAAGGACCAGCAUUGCAGCGUGAAACCAAUAACCCUUUAGACCUAGCAGUACUUCGCCUGACAGACCUAGAGCAGAACCUGGAGCGGAGAUAUCUCAGAGAACCUCUCUGGCCCCCCCAUGAGGUGGUGGUAGAGAAAGCUUUGCUAAGUGACCCCAACAACCUGGAGGCGGGCAUCCCAGAAAUCACAUACGAGAUCACCCCCCGGAUGCGAAUCUGGCGUCAGACUUUGGAAAGGUGCCACAGUGCUGCCCAAGUUGCCCUGUGUAUCUGCCAGCUGGAGUGCUCUAUUGCCUGGGAGAAGUCAGUUGUCAGAGCGACUUGUCUAGUGUGCCGAAAAGGGGAUGAUGAUGAAAACCUGCUGCUGUGUGAUAGCUGCGAUCGUGGCUGCCACCUCUAUUGUCACCGGCCCAAGAUGACUGAGGUGCCAGCUGGUGACUGGUUCUGCGCCCUCUGCGUCGCUCAGAUGCAAGGGGAAUCCCCAGAUGAGUAUAGCUGUCAACGACGUGGCAAGAAACGGAAAACUGGUAGUUCUAGGACUUUUCAGGGGCAGGAGGAGCUCAGCCCUCGCUCUCGGCCAGCAGGGUCCCAACAGCGUAGUAGCCUGACAGAUGUCCCGCCACGAUACUCGGGUGAAGGACUCUCUCCCUCCAAGCGAAGAAGAGUGUCAGCACGAGGCCAGACUGCUGACCUUACCUUCUGCGAGAUCAUCUUGAUGGAGAUGGAAUCUCAUGAAGAUGCCUGGCCUUUCUUGGAACCAGUCAAUCCCCGGCUAGUGCCUGGCUACCGGAAAAUCAUCAAAAAUCCCAUGGACUUUUCUACGAUGAGGGCACGGUUACUGCGUGGCGGGUACACAAGUUGUGAGGAGUUUGCUGCUGAUGCUGCCCUGGUAUUUGACAACUGCAAGACCUUUAAUGAGGACGAGUCGGAGGUGGGCAAGGCGGGGCUGGCCAUGCGCCAGUUCUUUGAGAGCCGGUGGGAAGAAUUUUAUCAGGGAAAACAGGAGGCAGACCCAUGAAGCCAGCAGAAGGGGGAGAAGAGAGAGAAGGCCAUGGAGAAGUGUCUCCCCUUUGGCCCUGUGCUGCCUACUGUUUCUUGGGAGCGCAUUUGCUACCUGCUGAUUAUCUCCCCCCCUCCCCCUGCCUUCCCCAGAAUGACUGGACUUCUAUUGACAUUUAAUAACAGGGCGGCCUUCCUGCCCAGAUCCUCAGAAGCCCUUUCCUCAGUUCUUCGCUCCAAGCAACACAUGCUCUUUGACUGUGUAAGCCAAAUAAUAAUAAAAAGGUUUCCUUUUUUUCGAAUGGAAAAGCAACCACCCACAACCCCCACCUUAGCUGGGGCUAUUUAAUAAUAGCAAUAGUUCUUAGUGAAUGUGUAAGAACACUUUUUUCUGUGCAGUGUCAGUUCCAUGCAUUAAUGGCCAGUAAUGUGGACGUUAAGUUUCCUCCUUUUUAGAGUUGCUUUGAAAUGUAUACAAGCAGAUCACUCCUGCCUUGGGGAAUGACAGCUGUGAUGACACUGAAAUAUGCUGCUUCACUUCUCCCCCCCCCUUUUUUUUUUGGCCCUCCCAACUCUGCUUUUGCUCUGGUUUUCCCAUUCUGAGUAACCCAACCGUAGCUCUGUCCAUUUCUUUCCUUUCAGUGAUAUUCUCCUUUCUGAAUUUUUUGUGUUGUUAGAGUGGGUGCACGUUUGGGGAAGGACGGAAGAUCCACAUCAAUGCCCAGGGGGUGUGCCUACUCACUGGUUUAUUCCCUUUCAGUCAUUUGUCUUUUGUUUAACCAGGAGAUACCACUUAAUUGGAGAGCUAGACUGAUCAAACCCUUUUAUGGAAAAGUGAUGAAGGGGGUGUCAUGGUCCCAGAACUGGUUCAUAUUCAUUGGCACCCUCUUUUGUGCACACAUGCUCAUGACUGGAUUGUUUCACAUUUUGUUUCUAAGGGAGUUGAACACAAUGGGGAUAAUCCAGAAAUCCACUGAGAAACCAAAUCAUCCUUUUCUCUAAGCAUGCAAACCACAGAACCAUCCUGCUAGGUCUUCCUUCCACUUUGCCUUCGUAGGGAAUAUUUCAGAAGGGCAGCUUAUUGGAUCCACUCUGAUAUCAUAGAGCAGGGUCAUCUCUGCAUAACAAAGCAGGACAUUUUCCUUCUGAUUGUGGGUAACUUGCUGGAAUGUAUUGCUUAGCUACAAGGGACCAAAGUACAGAUGCUUUCAGAAGUGAGAAUGAGGGUCUCUUCAACUGGGAAGGGAAUGGAUUUCUGGAUGCCUCCCUCCAGCUCUACAAAAUUUAUUUUAAGAGAUUCUGGCCUUAUUGAGUGUUGUCCCUGUUCCACUAAACCCUGCCCUCGUGUAAUUCCUCAGGGAUGGCUACUGUCUACAAAGCUUGAUCUGCAGUCUAUGUGUUUGUGUGGACAGAAUUGUUUGUUUCCUGCUUUAGAACAUGAUUCCCAGUGUAUUGUUCAUAUUUUCCCCCUGAGAAAGAGAUGGGAUUAAUCCUGCUAGGAAAAAAGGAACACCGUCCUCCCUUUUUAAAAUUUGGACCGAACCAAGUAUUGCUCUCUAGAUACUGUUGGAGUACAACUCCCAUCAUUCCUUACCAUUGGCUCUGCUGGAUAGGAGGGUUGGGGAUUUCAAUUCAGCAGGAUUCCAGAAGACUGCACUAGGCUCCACUCUGUUUUAAUACCUAUCUGGACCUCAAUUUAGGCGAAGGACUAGAUGGUGGGGAAUUGGCACAGUUUCUUUCUCCCCCAUGCUGGCUACCUGUUUCCUGACUCGUGUUUUAAUGCAGAAGCUGGACAAAGUGCAGGCCACAGGCUGCAUGCAUUCCGGAUAGCUGGCGUUUGAAGCUCCCAAAGGCCCUGAAAACCCCUGCCCAUGUGGGAUUUCUUAAAAUGACACCUUCCACACUGGGAAUGUGGGAGACAAUUUUGCUAUGUUCUUGUUCUCUUACCCCUUCUGCUUCCUGGCUACGUUAGGCUCAAGGAGGGGGUUUCUCUGGGGGAAAAAAAAACUAAACAGGAACUUGAUCUCCAGAUUUUAAGAAAGCCCAUUCCUGGAUCUCAAAACUGCUGGGCAAAAUGAUUUCCUGUGAUUCCUAGGGGUUGUGAAAAGCAUGUUUAAUAAGGGUGGGGUGCCAGUCUCACAACUCCUGGCAGUGGGAACCCCUUUAAAGGGUGUGCUGCUUAAAGCACCAGACCUAGUCUGGUCCUGACUUGCAUCCAAGGCAAAGUGCAGCUUUGGACAGAACACAGAAAGAAAUACAAAGGUAAUCAUUUGCAUAUCUCCCUCUUGAUGAAGAGCAUAGCCCUGUGGAGAUGUGCUGAUUUGUACUUCUUUGCAUCUGUAAUUCAUGUGAACAUGUCUUGCAUCCUUUUUCCUGCUCCCUUUUGAAAUCUAAUGAAUAUUUUCAGAGGGGUAGCAAAGUCUUGAUUUCUUUUGCUAGUUUUCCCACAUAAGGAAGGGUACUUAUUGCAUUGAUCUGUUAUUUUCUCCUAAUGCUAUAGCUACUCAAAGCACAGUUUGUUGCAAAUAGAGCCGUGCAUAUAGCAACCAUAGCCCAGCUAGUAUUGAGAUGUGGUUUGAGCUACACCAGUUUCAAUGUGUGAUUUUCAACAUGCACAGUCCAUUGGGAAUAUCCUCUGCAUGCACUGCCCAUAAUCUUACAGCUAUAACUGUUUGCAAUUGGAUUUCUGGUGCUAGAGACCCGCUAGACUCAAACCAGUGACAGAAGUCAGUCGAUACUCCAUCCAGUCCCUCCCUGCUUCCUUCAUGUGUGUCUUAUUUAAGCAAGUUAGGAUAGAGGUAGCUGCAGAGGCAUUCUUACCAAGUAGAAAAGGAAUUAUUGGUCAUUAAGGCAGCCUUUCUCAGUCACUCAUCUCAUGCCCUGGCAUAUGGAUGCCUUCUUACCAUCUCUAUGCAGAAAGAUAGCAUACGCUGAGGGUACCUGCUUCAUACGAUUGCUAAGGAAGAUUUUUACAGGAGACUGCUUGCUGACCAAGGAAACUGAGUCAGCCAACCUGCGCAUUGUUGAGGCGCUAUGGGCUUUGAAGCCCAUCAUAUCCCAGAUGCCUUCUGAGAGUAGAGGUUCUUUACUGGUGUCUGUUCAUUAUUCUCAUAUCUUGCGCAGAGACAAGAAGGCACAUAGGACUGAUCAGAGGAGACCACUAGAUUUCCUUUUCUUCCACCACUUUGAGGUGGAUCGGAGAGAUGGAAAGCCAUCCGCUGGGACCUUAACUCCCUUGCUGCUUUUCCUAUCCAGCCUAGCUCCUCAAACCAUUGUUAAUUACGGGUAUCACUUAGGAGCAGAUCAAUGGCUGGCAGGGUCCCUGAGGUUAUGGCUUUCCUCCCGCCUGUCCUACACCCAAGUGAAGGAUCUGUGCGCUGCUGUAUGCCAUGCCUGUGUGUUCCCCCAAACUGGCGUCGACCAAUCCAAUGGCAAAAGCACUGAUGUAAGUUAAAUGUAACCACAGGUGAUGUAGCCUGGAGACCGAAACCUCCCUUACUGUGCUUCCUCCACCCAGACCUCACUCCCCCCCAGCCCCAUCCCAUUGUUUUCAACAAACGUAGCCUUUUUCUAUCAAAUAACCUCAAACGUUAUUUUAUUUUAAAUUUUGGGAUUUGUUUUCCUUUGCUUUUAAAAUAAAGUGGUAGAUUUGAAGUCUAUUUGAAACUGACUUUAUAUUAUACAUAAAUAUUUAUAUUUUAUCUAAACUUGUGCUGUAACAAAACUUCUCUUUGGUUUUUAAUGUUUUUUUUUCUUCCUGUUCUAUUGGUUUGGAUUUUUUUUUUUGCUCUGUCACGAGAAAAGUUGUAGUUUUGGAUGUGUUCAUUGUUGGGUUUUCAUUAGAAAUACUGAAAUUUUAGAUUUCAACCCUUACACCUUAAUCGAAUCCAGGUGUGUCCUGGUUUGAAUUUCAUUAGGGGAUAUGAUCUUACGCAUUUUUACACACUUGUUUUUGAACGUUAAAUUUCUCAAACUAAAAUUGAGAAUUACAACAAUUGGCCUUUUCAUUCAACUGCUGGCUUUUUCUUCCCCUUUCAUCUUGAUUUGAUGUCAGAAAGUCACCAACCCAUCAGCCUGUGAGAUGCUCUGAACAGCAGGAGGGGAAGGGGGGAUAUCAAACCUUUUUAUAUAAAUAACCAAAUGUGUUUGUUUUAGUGAAUUUUUGAUAAUGUACAGUUUUUUGUGAAUUUAAAUUGAUUUCUUUCUAUAUUUUUAGGACCAACCUCAUUUUUAAUAAGGUUUAAAAAAGAAAGAAAAAAAAUCUAGAAUUCCUGUUUGUUUUCUUGUGAUGUUUCCACAAGUACAGAUGUUAGAGUGCUUGUCAAGUUUCAAAGAAUAAACAACAAACAACCCAUGUUUGAUAGAGAA